AUGGCCCAGGUUCGAGAAACUUCUUUGCCUCCGGCCCUGGAGCCCGCCUGGAUCUCCGGAGGUGGGGGAGGAGCCUGAGAGGAGGCGUGUGUUGAGAAGGGGAAAUGGAGCGGCGGCGGCGGGGCGACGAAGGCGCCUUCGGGACGGGAAGCUGAGGAGAUGAAGCUGAGCCAUUACAGGAGCCUCUGGCCUGUGCCGGAGGAGAAGGACGUGACCAGCAGCGGCGGCGACGCAGGCGUGCCCUUCAAUCCCCUUCGCUGUCACAGCGCCUCACCUCGCUUGCCCGCGCCGCAAGCCCCGCCUCGCCGGCCCCAGCCCCGCCCGCUCCCGCGCAGGCCAGCCUGGGCCUCUGGCCCCACCCCUCCGCCCGGCCCCCUGCCUCUGCUGCCACCCUGCCUCUAUCCGGCACCGCGGCCCAGGGCCUGGCGGAUCUCAAGGCAGACCCUGACCUGGGUCCAGGCCUCAGGACGGAGAAGCUGCUCUGGGACCCUAGACGGGUCGGGAUCCUGGGCGCUUAGGGACUGGUUGCUGGAGGUCGACUUUGGUCAGGGUCCUACAGGCUGCUCCCAUGUGGAGAGCUUUAAAGUAGGUAAGAACUGGCAGAAGAACCUGAGGCUGAUCUACCAGCGUUUCUGGAGUGGGACCCCAGAGACUAGGAAACGUAAAGCAAAGUCAUGCAUCUGUCAUGUAUGUAGUACCCAUAUGAAUAGACUCCACUCUUGUCUCUCCUGUGUCUUUUUUGGCUGCUUCACUGAGAAACAUAUCUACAAACAUGCAGAAACAAAGCAGCACCAUUUAGCUGUAGAUGUUUAUCAUGGGGUCAUAUAUUGCUUAUGUAAGGAUUAUAAAGUAAUAUGACAAAGACAGGAACAGAUUGCCAAAGAAACAAAAGAAAUUUUGAGAUUAACUUCCACCUCAACAGAUGUUUCUCAUCAACAGUUUAUGAGCAUCAGGAAUGAAGACAAGCAAUCAACCUGUGAGACAAAGGAACAGGAGCCAAAAAUUGGUGAAACCCAAGAAAAAGAGAAGAAAAAGUCAGUCUAUACUGUAGGCCUGAGAGGGCUGAAUCAUCUGGGGAACAGAGCGGCGAAUUGUAUUGUCCAGGCACUUACCUAUUCCUCACUGGAAAGAUUUCUUCCUCUCUGACAAGCUAAUAAAUGUAUAUAAAUGACAAGCCCCAGCUUGUGUCUGGUCUAAAUGUCUUCGCUUUUCAUGCUAUACUCUGGGAGCCGAACUCCCUACAUUCCCUAUGUUACUGCAUCUGAUGCGGAUCCGCGAGAACAUUUAGCAGGGUACAGCAGCAGGAUGCCCAUGAGUUCCUUUAUUGCAAUAUUAGAUGUGCUGUAUAGACACAGCAAAGAUGAUAGUGGUGCAGAGGCCAAUAACCCCAACCGCUGUAACUGCACUCAGACCAAAUCUACAGGUGGCCUGUAAUCGAUGUCACAUGUCAAGCCUGCCAGUGUUUCCACCACCAUAGACCCAUGCUGGGACAUCAGUUUGGACUUGCCUGGCUCUUUGUGCCAUCUGGAUUCCCAGAACCCAGAGAGGGGGAUGGCACAGGAGCAGGAUGACCACAUACCAGGAAUCCCCCUCACCACAGACUGCCUACAGUGGUUUAUAAGGCCAGAGCACCUAGAAGCAGUGCCAAAAUCAAAUGCAGAGCACAGCUACCAGGAGUUCACUAAACAGCCAAGCAAUAAAAAAUUACCCAUUGUGGCUUGUUUUCAUCUCAAGUGGCUUGAGCAUGAAAACAGAGGCGAAAGAUUAAUAAUUUUUAUCUCCUUUCCCUUGAGCUGACAUGACUCGUUGGCCUCCACUAAAGAGAGCAGAAUGAAAAGAAGGCCAGCCACCAGCAAAGAUUGUGUGCCCAAUGAGAAUAAGUAUUCCUUGUUAGUGAUUAAUCACCAUGGAACUUUUAAAGUGGGCUACUAUACCAGCUUUAUCCGCAACAAAAGGACUAGGUUCAGCUGUGAUGAUGCCAUCAUCACCAAGGCUAACCAUUGAGGACUUUACUUUAAUAGUGAAGGGCAUUUACUCUAUCACAAACAGGGUCUAGAGAAAGACUAG